GUCGCUGCUCUCGGGCACUUGGAGACAAAACGCAGCGGAGAUCCGCUUUACCGAGCGACAGCGCACUCGCUAUUCACCCCGAGCUGGACGGGCUCUCUGCCGGGGAACAUGCGGCUCUGUUGACACAUUUCGGCAGCAGUUUGUUGGUUUUUGGUCGCCGUUCUCGCGUUUUGGAGCCCGCGGGUUGUCAUGUAGCGGAGGCCGCUGUUGGGCUUGUGUUGCUGGGCGGGGAGGCGGAGAGCCCACCGCUCCACUGCAGUCACAACCGGGAGCCUGUCGUCUGCUUUUAAAGCCUGUAAACACCGCCGUUAUAGGCUUUAAAACGGUUUCACCCCUCGCUGAAGGAUGGAUGUAGGUGCGGCCGGCGGAGUGGACGGAGGCCCGAGGAGAGCGGACUCGGUCGAGGGAGGCCUGGAGAUCAUCCCGCUGGAGCUGUAUGACUCAGCCCGAGCCAAAAUAGACGCCAACCUCCGAUGGCUGUUUGCCAAGGCUUAUGGAGAAGCUCAUGUUCCAGCUGAUCUCAGAGACCCCUUCUACACUGAUCAGUACUGUGUAGAGCACAUUAAGCCCCCGGUGCUGACCCUGCUGCUGUCUUCUGAGCUCUACUGCAGAGUGUGUGUUCUGCUGCUGAAGGGGGAUCAAACAGCCUCCCUCUCCUCCCAUCAGUCCGUCCUCCAGGCCCUCGCUCGCCACGGCAUCUACGCCCGUGAGCCCGACGACACGCCGGUUACCCAUGAUGACCUCAGCUCCACCCCCAUCAAGAUGAGCUCCCACAUCCCCCUGAUUGACGCUCUGAUGCUGGCGUGGACAGUGGAGAUGAUGAGUAUAGAGAGAGUUGUGUCCAGUGUUAAACGCUUUUCCACCUUCAGCGCCUCCAAAGAGCUUCCCUUCGACGUGGAGGAUGCCAUGCUGUUCUGGAUCAACAAGGUGAUUUUGAAGACGAGGGAAAUCUCAGAGAAAGAGCUGAAACUCAAACAACACUUGAUGGAAUCCCCCUGUCAUCAAAAGCCUGACUUCAUGCAUGCUCUGGCCCACUGCAUGUUGGAGCCAGUGGAGUUGUCUCGUGUGGUACGUUACCGUAGAGACCACUUGUCCGGUCGGUGUCUCCCUCACAUGCCGCUGGUGGAGGACCUGAUGAAGGAUAUAUGUGAUGGCGCCGCCCUGCUGACGGUCAUUCAUUACUACUGCCCUGAUUUCAUGAGGCUGGAAGAUAUCUGUCUGAAAGAGGUCCUGUCCAUCUCUGACAGCGUGUAUAAUAUUCAGCUACUGAGGGAGUUUUCCAACGAGUACCUGGACAGGUGUUUGUACCUGCGACCUGAGGACCUGCUGUAUGCUCCCCCUGUGUUAAAGCACAACGUGAUGGUGUUCAUAGCCGAGCUGUUCUGGUGGUUUGAGGUGGUGAGGCCGGACUUUGUGAAGCCCAGAGAUCCACAGGAGAUCAAAGAAGCCAGAGCCUCAGUGCAGGCGAAGAGUUCCCGCCCCCUUGUGCCCAUUUCAAACGCCACAAAGCGCAGCUUCCUAAGCACCUCCCCCUCCGUUGACUCCAUGGUAUCAGGCUCUGCCCAUGACACCUGUAUCAGGUAUUACCUGCACCCAGAGGAGUCUGCGUCUACGUCUGUCACCAAAGUAAGCCCCUCCCACAGCCCCUCCCACCCACUUCUCCCACUGAGACAAAGACAACAGAAGCCCGUCCAGGGGGAGGAGACGGCAGAGUUCAGGAACAGGUCCAGCUCUCUCUCUCGAAUGGACGGACACAGUCCUGGAUCGCGACUGGCCUGGAUGGAGAGAAGACAAAGACCUCUAUCUCAGAUGGAGAUGGAAUGGGAGCGCCUUUGUGGUGACAACAUAAGCUUGGCCCGGUCCAUCAGCAAAGACAGUUUAGCCUCCAACGUCGUCUCCAUCACCCCCCGCCACCACAUCAACGGCCAGCCACUUCCUCACACGGCUUGUAGCCAUGAUUUUGAGGACCAAGAAGAGGAGCUUGUGGCUGUCAUAAGCUCUGGGGGCGUAGCCACCUUCCGAGAGUCCCGGCCCGAGAGCUUUUUCCUAGAGCCACUGCAGCCGGCCGUUCUGAGGCCGAACAAAGAGAAAUCUGUGGUGGUCAGUAAACGGGACGAGAGCGGAGAGGGGCGGGGCCAGAGACGGAGGGCCGUUCACACACCCACAGAGCACACAGCAAUCAACCAAACCUUUACAACCGUCAGCACUGUGGAACCGGAAGGCUCGCCGCAGUCCGGCGGCUUCUUCCUGCACGGCAAAUCCGAGUGCGUGAGAAGCAGCCCAGUCGGCGUCUGGGUAGGCGGAGUCUCAGACUCUGAGUUUGAAGAAGAAGAGGAAGAAGCUGAAGAUGAUGACGUGGAAGAGCGGGACAUCGCCAAGGCUCACAUUAGGAAGCUCCUGGGCCAUGGGCAGGAAGAGGAGGAGUCGGCGAAACUGCGGGAGGAAGUGCGAGGGCGGGAGCGUGAGGAUAAAGAGGGAGCCAGUGGCCGCUCCAGCCCGUGUCCCAGCACGCUCUCGCAGGCCAGCAGCACGUCCACCGGCGCUGGACAUACAAGACAGUCCAGUCCGUGUCGGAGCACGUUCUCGCAGGCCAGCAGUGCGUCCAGCCGCAUGACCAGCUUUGCAGAGCGGCGGCUGCACCGCGCAGUGACACCUGAUGGCUUUUACAGUGGCUGCAGCUCGCAGACCUCCACUCCGGAUGGGUCAGAGAGCGCCCCCUUCCCACCGCAGGCGGGGGACAGGGCUAGCCCCAGCCCCGGGGCACGAGGGGGUGUGGCUUCAGAACUUAUCCACCUGCGCAUGCAGCUGGAGGAGAAGCGGCGAGCUAUUGAGACGCAGAAGAAGAAGAUGGAGAGGCUGUCGGCACGGCAACGGCUAAAACUGGGCAAAGCAGCCUUCCUGCAUGUGGUCAAGAAGGGGCGGGGUGACACGCUACCACGUCCUGUGAAGCAGGAAGUCCUGAAAGAGAAGGAAACAGAAAAGGAGAUGGCAAAGGAUGACUCUUAUGUUGAGGCACUGAAGGCCAAGGCCAAGGCCAAGGAGACGGAGCCCAGCCCAGACAAAGAGUCCCGGCAAUUGGCGGAGAUUUCUGCAGCACCCCCUGCUACCCUGGAGGUAGAUAACCGUGUGAGUGAAGGUGAGGCAUGGGAGGAAGGAGGGGGGGAAUUGGACUUGAGUGAAUGUAACCGCUCCAUCGAGCUGUUAAACGAGGCGAUUGGAUCCAUCCAGCAGCAGAUGAUGCAGCUGUCUGUCCAGCAGGACCUGCUCAUGAGGCAGACGGCGCUGUCGCCCACGCAGGAGAAACCCCAGUCCCCCAGUGAACCAAACGAGCCUAAGCUCCGCCCCUCCGUGCAGUUUGUGGAGAUCUCCACAGCAACCCGACGACCUCCCAAGCUUAGCUCAGGCCGUACUCCUCGGACCAAACCUGCCGAGCUCAAGCUGAGUAAGGGCUCAAAGGUCAACACAGGCGACCCCAGACCCUCACCGGUCAGCAGGACACCUCGAGCAGAAAAUGAGGAAGAUGGUGUGUCUAAAGACGUGGGGGACAAAGCGAAUGGACGCAGCUUGGCCCGAAGCUUGGCUCGAAAUGCCACGUUCCGCCUUCAUGAUGCCGCUAACCGAAGAACAGAUGGUCCGGAAUCACCAAAAGCAGAACCGCCUACAGUAGAGCCAUCGCAGGCAGAACCGGGCCGUGAGAGGAGCGGGUCUGGAGGCUCAGGGAAAGAAAAUGUUCCGGUUCCAUGUGAGGAAAACCGGACUAAAGGGCAGCUGAUCGAGGUGGACCUGUCUGACUUGACCAACCCAGAGUCCAGUGCAGAACCAGAGGGUGAGCAGAAAUCAGGACUGGGAUUCUUCUUUAAGGAUGAUCAGAAGGCGGCAGAUGAGCUAGCUAAGAAGCGAGCUGCAUUUCUGCUGAAGCAGCAGAAGAAGGCCGAGGAGGCACGGCUUCGUAAACAGCAGCUGGAGGCGGAGUCAGAGCUGAAGCGAGACGAAGCCAGGCGUAAGGCGGAGGAGGAGCGGGUGCGUAAGGAGGAGGAAAAGGCCCGAAGGGAACUGAUCAAGCAGGAAUACCUGCGCAGGAAACAGCAGGAGUUGCUGGAGGAGCAAGGGGUAGCUAAGCCCCGCCCAAGACACCGGAAGCCCCGCCCCAAAUCACUCCACCGCCGAGAAUCUGGCAACGCCACGCCUGUGGGUCUGUGUGCUGCUCCGUCUGGUUCCUCUCUCUCUCUGGCCUCUGCGGCAACUGAAGCGGACAGCAUUACGUCUGGGGGAGGCUCGCAGAGGGGUGAGUCGGUGGAGUCUUUCCCGAUGUUAAGUCGUAAUGCCAGCAGGAAUGUGGAGAGAGACUGGGAUAACGGCUCCACAGCAUCUUCUGUCACUUCUGUAGCAGAGUACAAUGGCCCGAGGUUGUUUAAGGAACCCAGCGCUAAGUCCAAUAAGCCGAUAAUUCAGAACGCCAUCGCUCACUGCUGUCUGGCUGGCAAGGUCAAUGAAGCGCAGAAGAACGCCAUCCUGGAGGAAAUUGAGCGCUGUGAGUCCAACCACCUGAUGAUCCUGUUCCGUGACGGCGGCUGCCAGUUCCGGGCGCUGUACGCCUUCGCUCCGGACACGGAAGAGAUCCUGAAGCUGGUCGGCACGGGCCCCCGCGCCAUCACCCGCAAGAUGAUCGACAAGCUUUUCAAAUACAGCAGCGACCGCAAGCAGUUCACAGUCAUCCCCGCGAAGACCGUGUCCGUCAGCGUGGACGCGAUCACCAUCCACAACCACCUGUGGCAGGUCAAACGGCCCGGAUCCUCCAAGAGGAAGUGACGCCUCGCGCUUCCACCACUCUACUGUCUCCUGUUGUCUGCAGAGUUAUGCAUUCUUAUCGGCUAAAGAACCAGCUUCUCGCACCUCCUCCUGCUCUCCUAUUGGCUGCACAGGCGGGUCUAGCUACACCUUUACUGGCUCACCAGCUGCUUCCUUGGCUGGUCUAUUGGCUGUUGGACUGUCGGAGUGGGUGUGCUCACCGGACCUGUGUGUGUCCACUCUGAACCAGGCAGAGAAACGAGUAAAAAUGUACCGGUCGGCCUGCGGAACCACACUAUCACCGGGCUGCCUUGAUCUCUGCCUUCGCGAUCACGUGACCGAUCAUGUGACGAGCACAUCCGCCGUAGACCCCAGGCGUCACACUGUAUGCCCAUAUAUGGGGCUUUGGGCCUUAGUAGUGUUUUUCUCUGGGGGAAAAAUGAAAGGUGUUUUAUGGACCGUGUUUUGCUGUAUGUUUCAGAUGUAACUGGACCCCUGAAUUAGGAGGUCAUUAAGGGGUCGAAAUAUAAAUAUGUCUGCAUGCAUUGACUUUAUAAGAUUAGCAACUUCACCAAAAUACUCCACACAAACCAGCAAGCUUUCGCAAACAUGUUUAGCAGUAGCCUGCAGUUUUGCGUGCUGAAGGAUAUUAGUAGACCGACCUCGUAUUUCAGAAGGUCCAGUGCCAUUUAAGGGGAAAAUAUAGGACAAUACAUGGGGUUUGCACACCACAGUGCAUCGAUGCUCUGUAUUCAUUUUUCCCAUAGAGAGAACCUGCUUAAACCCAGGCUUCCAUAUAUAGGCGUGACGCACGACUUCGGCGGUCUGCCGGCCACGGAGGGGGUGGGGCGUGUGUUUGAUUGACGGAGAGCAUUGCUGAGCAUUACAGUUAAGAUGAUGAAUGUGUUUUAGAGUUUACCUUCGUUUAGUUUUUGUAAACAGCAGGUUUCUCUGCAUGUGGCACUUUUUUUCAGUUGGGAAAGCGGCGGGUUUGUUUUUUCUACUCUAGUGUUAUUUCACUUCACUACUGAAGUUGCGCUCACACAUGCACACAGACUCUUAACUCCGAGCACUAAAGUGUGUGUGUGUGUGUGUGUUUGUGUGUGUGUUUGUGUGUGUGUUUGUGUGUGUGUUUGUGUGUGUGUGUGUGUGGUCGUUCCAUGUUUCUCUACAUGCUGCUGUUUUUUUUUCCAUGAAUGAUGCUCACUUUAGCGAUGCGCUCUAACCAGCGCUACAUGCAAAACUACAAACUGCAAGACGCACAUAACAGGGGUGUGUGUGUGUGUGUGUGUGUGUGUGUGUGGUUGGCACGCUUGAAUGAUGAGGUGAAGACACUGUACUGGCCUUCUUGGUAUUCUUAAGUCACAUUUUAAAAGCUUUUAUCAUGGAGCUUCACUGUAUUUGUCCUCUUUGUCGUCGUUUUCUUUAUUCUGUUUUGCUCUUUACAAAACCUUUCUGGCCAUCAGAGCUGGAUUCUUUCCCUCCUCUCCCCUUCUCCCUCUCUCUCUCAUCACUUUGACCAUUGUCUGUUCUUUUCAAUGGCUGCUGACAGUAUUUAACAAUGUGCUUCAGUAAUUCCUCGCCGAGGAGCCUGAUUGUCAUGGAGACACACUGACUGUGUGUGUGUGUGUGUGUGUGUGUGUGUGCGUGUGUGUGUUGUAGUGUUCAGUACAGAAUGUAUGCUCUCCUGGGAUCUCUGUGAGCAGGGCUCUCCGUUGUUAAUGUAUGGAUUGUAAAGACCUUUGCUUUACAUUUUUUUUUCUUUAAAUAUUCUUCCAUAUAUUUAUUUUAAAGAGGAACACUGAAAGUUUAAUAAAUUAUUCAAGCAAACUCA